AACAAUGCAAAUUUUUUUGGUGUCUAUAAAUAUGAACCAUUUCAUUAAGUUCUUUCAUCAUACUUCAAUAGUUUAAAGCACAAAAAAAAUCAAACAAAAAGCUUGGUAGAUAAUUAAAAAAUGGCCCAGAAUUCGAGUAUGAAACAAGUGUUAUAUUUUAUUUUGAUAAUCUCCUUUAAUGUUUGUUUAGCAAUCCCGGGUUUUGGCUAUGGCUUUGGUUUGGGUUGGGGUGGUGGCAGUGACUAUAACUCGCUUUCGCCAUCAUUUUAUGAUUAUACAUGCCCCCAAGCCAAUGACAUUGUUAUAUCUGUCUUAGAUAAUGCCAUUGCUCAAGACCCUCGAAAUGCUGCUGCUUUGCUUAGACUUCAUUUUCAUGAUUGUUUUGUUCAGGGAUGUGAUGCAUCAGUCUUACUUGACGAUAGCGAUACUAUAGUAAGCGAGAAAAGUGCCAAGCCAAAUGCUAAUUCUCUUAGAGGGUUUUCAAUCAUUGAUGAAAUUAAGGCUCAGUUAGAAGAAGCAUGUCCUGAAACUGUCUCUUGUGCUGAUAUUCUUGCCUUAGUAGCUCGUGGUGCUACUGUCUUGAGUGGAGGACCAAACUGGGAAGUCCCAUUAGGAAGAAGGGAUUCAAUAACAGCAAACAUGAAGCUAGCAAAUGUUAGCAUUCCUCCCCCUUUCCUCACUGCCGAAAAGCUUAUUGCAUCAUUCAAACAACAAGGCCUUGAUGAAGUUGACGUUGUCGCGCUCUCAGGAGCACAUACUAUUGGGGUGGCAAGAUGUACAAGUUUUAAGACAAGAUUAUAUAGUCAAAGUGGUAGCACAAGUCAACCAGAUAUGAGCCUAGAAAUAGCCUACUUAAAUGAACUAAAAUCAGUAUGCCCUCCAACAGGUGGGGACAACAACAUAUCUCCAUUAGAUUAUGCAUCCCCAAGAGCCUUUGAUAACACCUAUUUUAAGCUCAUUUUGGGAGGUAGAGGACUUCUUUUUUCAGACCAACAAUUAUAUUCAGGAAAUAAUGCUAAUCUUGCACAAUUAGUCCAAUCUUAUGCUCAAGAUCAAGAUUUAUUCUUUGAUGAUUUUGCUAAAUCUAUGGUUAAGAUGGGAAGUAUUAACCCUCUAUUAGGGUCUAAUGGUGUGAUUAGGAAGAAUUGUCGUCGUGUUAAUUAAUUAAUUAAUUAUUAAGUAUUUAUUUAUGAUGGUUUGGUUUGUGAUGGAUUUAUUGGAUUCUUAGCAAGUUGUGAAUCCCUAAGGUUUAAUAUUUGCUAAUUUGUUUUGAUUUGUAACAAAAGAAAAUUGUGGUUAAUUCGUAUUGUAGGGUCGAUGUGUUUCCAAUUGGAUUUUCAUUAAUGAUAAUUAUGUAAUCAUGAUUUAAGCUAUUAUAUUUAUACAAACUCAAAUUUGUUUAUCUA